AAUUAAGGGCAAAGCUUAAUUAGCUUAUGUCCACUUUUGUCCCUAACCUUCCUACCCACUUGCCUUCAUAAGGGGCCACUUGAUUGUACCCUACUUACCCUACCUUACCAUACACCUUCCUCUCUCUCUCUCUCUCUCUCUCUCUCUCUCUCUCUCUCUCUCUAACUUCUAGUCAUGGUGAUCUUGACUCAUGUCCUCUCUCAACCCUUAAUCCCUUAUCCCCAAUCCAAACAAACCCACUAAAACUCUUUUUCUUCUCUCUCUCAAAUCAUCAUAAAAAAACUAAACCACUUUCAACCAACCUAUUAAUACCUUACCCUAUUAUUUAAGCCCACAAUUCCACCCUCAAACAAACCAAAACUCUCUUCACUUCUCUCUCUGUUUCACUCUGUUUUUUCUCUCUCAGACAUUUCAUCAAACACUUUCGCUUCUUUCUCUCACAAACAUUUCAUCAAACACUUUCUCUUCUUUCAAUUACUUUCACUUACAAAGAUGACACGAGCGUUAAGAAUUCUCAAUUCCACGGCAAAUAUCACCACCGUCGCAGUUGUAGCGCCACCACCAGAAGCAGUAGCUUUAGAAUCAGAUUUCGUGGUGAUUCUAGCAGCUUUACUCUGCGCUUUGAUAUGCGUCGUUGGACUAAUCGCCGUCGCUCGUUGUGCCUGGCUCCGACGAGACUCCGGCGCCGGAAAUUCACCUCAACAAGCUCUAGCUAACAAAGGACUGAAAAAGAAAGUUCUUCAAUCACUUCCGAAAUUCGCUUACGUCGACAGCAACCCUGGAAAAUGGCUAGCAACAACAGAAUGCGCGAUUUGCUUAUCGGAUUUCGCCGCCGGCGACGAGAUCCGUGUUUUACCGCAGUGUGGACAUGGAUUCCACGUAGCGUGCAUCGACACAUGGCUUGGAUCACACUCUUCUUGCCCUUCCUGUAGACAGAUUCUGGCUGUAACAAGGUGUCAGAAGUGCGGCAGGUUUCCGGCGAACGGAGCUGAAACUACCGCUACCGGCGUUGCGGUGAGUGAACCGGAGUUGAAAUCUUUAGAAGAAGGCAAUGUCGGUGCAAAUAGUAAUAAUCAUUGUAAUGGGGGUGUUAGUAGUAGUAGUAAUAACAGUGGGUUCUUGCCUUAAAGAACAAAACACUAGUACACUACCACUAGUUUUUUUUUUUUUUUGUAUUUAUUUGUAGGUUUUAAUAUUUUAAUUUUUGUACUUUUUCUUAUCCCUUCAAGUUGAUCAAAAGAGAUCUGAAUUUGUACAAAUUUUUUACUUUGUGGUAAUUAUGCACUCUUUGUUGUCA